AUGGUAUAUUCUCCAGGUCCAGGGGAUUAUUCAAUUCUAAAACUACUAAUUCUUGCUUUUGUAAAUGAAAUCCCUCUACUCCUAAGAGUUGAUCCUAAUUCAUAUGUUCCAGGACCAGGGUUGCUGUGUAACAUAGAGCGAGGUCUUGAUUUUAUAUAAUCUAUAAAUUCUUUAUUCACUCUAUAAAGCUUAUCUGCUUAUUAUUUUAUUGAUUUAAAAUCUCCAAUAUUGUAAUUCCCUGGACCUGGUGUUUAGAUUUAAUAACCAAAUAUUUGUCGUUAACUUUUUGGAAAUGUUGGACCCAUUAUUUUUAUUUAUAAAUUUGAUUCUCCUUAACUAAAAUUCUCACAAUUUAAUUGA